AUGGCAAACAAAGCUCAAUGCUUUUAUUGUUUCGAAAGCCUCUGGGCGUCAUUCGAGGAUGAUGAGCCAGCCAAGUUGGCAACUAUUGAAGCUCUAUGGGAACAGUAUGAACAAACAAAGAAGCUGUCUGAAGCACAACAACAGAGGGAUGAUGGGAAAGUAGAGGACGACGAGUCAGCUACCACAUCGUCUAGUCCUUCCAAUAAUUCAUCAAAUUCGCGCCUAUCCAGCUCCACCGCAAUGACGACACCAAACUCCCUGAGUUCCAUAACCCAGAAGUAUCCACUCUUCGUGACGUGGAACACAAUAUCCCGAAACAGACGCCCGUCUCUUCGAGGGUGCAUAGGCACGUUCGAGGCACAAGACCUUGCAACUGGGUUGAAAUCAUAUGCUCUAACCUCAGCUUAUGAUGACACACGCUUUUCUCCAAUUCCUAAAUCUCUCAUUCCCUCGCUAUCAUGCUCCCUCACUCUUCUAGGGUCCUUUGAGCCAUGUACUAAUGCAAUGGACUGGGUGCUCGGCACUCACGGCCUGAGAAUAUCCUUUAUUAACCGCGGCCGUCGGUAUGGUGCCACUUAUCUGCCUGAUGUGGCAGUUGAGCAGGGCUGGACGAAAGAGGAGACCAUCGAGAGUCUGAUGCACAAAGCAGGCUGGGAAGGUAGUGUGAGGGAUGGUGCGCGGAGACAGCGAGACACAGGAAAUGACGGCCCUGGCGCUACUAGGCCUUGGGAUCAGGUAUCUGAUUUUCGCACAGUUAGGUAUCAGGGUCUCAAGGCUAAAGCAGACUAUGCCGAGUGGCAGGAGUGGCGAAAUUGGGUGCUCACUUUAGAUGAUGGCCGUGAGAUUCUGGGCUCGGCUUAA